UUUUUUGGAGGUACAAUUCUUCGUGUCUUCGUUUCUGAUAUGAAAUUUGUCGGGUUAUCUCUCGAUGAACAACAUGAGAUGGUUUUGAAUUCUUUGCCUAAAAAUAUAAGGUUUGUUUUUAAUUGUCAAAUUAAAUUACCGAAUUUCAGAAACCAAAUUCGUUUGGAAACUAUUCCGUCUGUCAGUAAAGUGGUUUUGAUGGAGAAUGUUUUUGAGCAAACGAAAAUUCCCGCAACUCCGCAGGGACACUUGGAUGAUGGGGUUCUUUUGUUAAAACGUAGAAGUGCAGCUCUUUCUUCUGAAGCAUCAUGGGCUUCCGGGUCUCUUCAAUUAAAAAAUCUCUUGCUUUGUCAUCAACUCAACGAAGACGAUCACAAAUUAAAAAGAAAGAUUGUCAAAUUUUUAAAGAAUUCGUUCACUGACCAAGUUUUAUGGGAUCUCUUCUUGGCCGCCUGGAAGAAUUUGGAAGAAGGGCACGUAAAUCUUUACAAUGAUAAUUGUACUCUGGAUGAAGUUAAAAAAAUGCUCGUUGAUGCUGAAUACUUUUGCAAUAUUCUUUACAACAUUUAUAUGGAGAAUUCUCUCAGCCGUGAUGAUUUCAUCAAUGGUGUUUCUCCAUCUAUAAUGCAUAAGUUGUUGAUACCGAUAGACGAAAAAUGGAAUACAAUCGAAACGUGGAAGAAGCUUGGCAAAAUUGAGUUGGAGGGAACGAGGCCGAAUAUUAAACUUAUUUUUAAAUAA